AUGCAAGCAAACGUAGGUAGAGAUGUAAAUGCACAUAGUGUUGGACUACAGAUUGCGCAGGAUAACGAUAUCAGCAUUUUCCUAGUCCAGGAGCCUUGGAUUCUCAGAGACCUUCCACCGAGGCAAUCAAUGUCGCAUCUAACUUCAUGGCUUUCUCCCCUCUCUCAGAACGAGAUAAACGUCCCAGGGCCCUAUCAUACAUCCGUAAAGCACAAGGGCUGUACCCAUACCAGAAUGCUGUAG